CUCUGCCCUCAGACAGGAGAAUAGGAGCUUGGGGAGAGCAGGUUUUCCUCCUCUCAGUAAGAGGACAGAUACAUGGCUGCUUAAAGAGGAGCAGAAGAAAAAGAGGAGAGGGGAGACCCCAGUCCCCUAGGCCUGGAAAUGCACUAGGUCCCCCCCCCCCUCUUUGCGCAAGUCUUCCAGAGGACAAAUGAGUUGUCAUCAGAAACCAUUUUCCUCUCUGAUAUGGAUUCAACCUGCAGCUCCUGACGUUUACUGAGCUGAGAGGAUUGUGGGGAGAAGACGCUGGUGGAGUUUGCACAGUGCAGUGAGAGCAGGUAGAUAGACCGGCAGACAAACGUUCGGUGUAGAAUGGAAGAAGCAAAAGAGGACAGAGACAAGAUGACCAGCCAGCAGGCUCUGUGUGACCCUGACCAGAAGAGCCAAAAACACCCUGGCAUCUCCACUCUCAAAUUGUUUAUUGUGGCGCUGUCCUUCGCCUGUUUCUCCAAGGCUCUGACAGGAACCUACAUGAAGAGCUCCAUCACUCAGAUUGAGAGACGUUUUGACCUCUCCAGCACGCAUAUUGGACUUAUAGAUGGCAGUUUUGAGAUGGGCAACUUGUUGUUUCUUGCUGUGGUCAGCCAUUUUGGGGCCAAGCUACAUCGGCCCAGACUCAUUGCUGUGGGCUGCUUCCUCAUGGCAGUAGGGGCCUUUCUCACUGGCCUGACACACUUCUUCAUGGGACGCUACAAGUAUGACACAGUCAUUCAGGCUUUCCAGAACGACAGUGUGAACAUCGCUGCCUGUGUGGAUCCUCUGAAAACAGAAGAUGUACCUGAAAUUCAGAUAGAGCCUUCUGUGGAGGACAACAAAGCCUGUGUGAGAGAGUCUGGUUCCAACAUGUGGAUCUAUGUGUUCCUCGGGAACGCUCUGCGGGGGAUUGGAGAAACCCCGGUCACACCUCUGGGCAUCUCCUACAUCGACGACUUUGCUAAAGCAGAAAACUCCCCCUUCUAUAUAGCUUGUCUCCAGACCAUUACUCUCCUGGGCCCCAUGUUUGGUUUCCUCCUUGGCUCCUAUUGUGCCAAACUAUAUGUCGACAUUGGAUAUGUUGAUAUGGAAAGUGUGACCAUCACUCCUAAAGAUGCCCGCUGGGUGGGCGCCUGGUGGAUGGGCUUCCUGGUGUCCUCCGCCUUCCUGCUCAUCUCCAGUGUUCCCUUCUGGUUCCUGCCCCGCUCGCUGCCAAAGCAGGGAGGAGAUGAGGGCAAGAAAACUCCCGCCGUGGAGACCCUUGAUGGGACACAGGAUGCCCUCAACAACAAUCAUAACCUCAAGCUGACUGACAUCGCUAAAGGGUUUCUUCCGUCGUUGAAGCGUCUGUUGGGAACUCCUGCCUACUUUCUGCUCCUUUGUGGGAGCAUCCUGAAGUUCAACUCUUUCAUCGGCCUGUUCACCUUCAAAGCCAAAUACAUGGAACAACAGUUUGGACAGUCUGCAUCCAGAGCCAACUUCCUCAUAGGUGUGUUGAACCUGCCAGCGGUUGCAGUGGGGAUCUUCCUGGGAGGGCUGCUGAUGAAGAGGUAUAAACUGAGUUUGGUGUCUGGAGCUCAGCUCUCCUUUGCCACAUCCUUCAUGGCAUACCUCCUCCUGCUGCUGCAGUUUGGCACCAAGUGUGAUAACAUUCCCGUGGCUGGGCUCACCAUCUCAUACAACGGGACGCAGAGUGUAUCAUACAACAGGGAUUUGCUCUUCUCAGAGUGUAACAGAGACUGCUCAUGUUCAGCAGAGGAGUGGGACCCCGUGUGCUCAGACAGCGGCAUCACCUACAUCUCUCCAUGUAUGGCUGGCUGCCUCAGCUCCAGCGGAUACGGCAAGAACACAGUCUUUCACAACUGCAGCUGUGUGUCCGCCUCCUACCCAGCAGGCAGCAGUACGUCUGUGAGGCUGGGACAGUGUCCUCAUGCCAAGGACUGCAGCCGCAGUUUCACCUCCUACAUGGCUGUGUCUGUUCUCAGCUCCUUUAUCAACUCUCUGGGAGCCACACCUGGCUACAUGGUCAUCAUACGAUGCAUCUCACCAGAGCUCAAAUCCCUUGCGCUGGGUAUCCAAGCCUUGGUAACUAGGACUCUUGGUGGAAUUCCUGCACCAGUGUAUUUUGGAGCCCUGAUUGAUUCAACUUGCCUGAAGUGGUCAAUCAAGAAGUGUGGGGGCAGAGGGGCAUGUCGCAUUUAUGACUCUGCUAUGUACAGAAUCAUCUUCCUGGGUCUGAUCACUUGUCUCAGUGGUUCCUCGUAUUUCUUCAUCAUUGCCGUCAUCAUCCUCCUUAGACGACAGUUUCGGAAAACGGAACGAAAAACAGAGACGCAGCGUACAAAAGCUUCAAAGGAAAUUGAACUUCAAGCCCCGUCAAAUCCCACUGAGGACCCGCCUAACGCUCCUGAAACACCCAAACUGCCUCAUGCUCCCAUAGUUUGUGUAAGGAUCGCAACAGAGCUGGAGGAGAGAGGAGAGGUUCAAAGAACAGAGCAGCUCCCCCAAGAUGGCAGACUCAUCUCCACAAAUAACAUCCAGGAGAGGCAACAGCUGAAAUCUGUGACAGAGACCACUGUUGAGUUUACUCCUUUUCCAAGAGAGGAAGCAAAGAUAGAGACGGACGGGCUGAAGUCAGAGGAGGAAGUGAAAGACGAAUAUAUUGAGUUUCGCAAAGAGACGAGUGCACAGGUGGAAAAAGAGAGGCUGGACCAUCACACAGAUGACAAGAACGAGUUAGCAAAAGAAACAACACACAGCAAAGAAACUGACGGCCCAAAAAACUAAAGUGUUCACCAAUGUUUUCUAAAACGCAAGGUCAAACAAGGCCAAGUGGGACCAUUCUAGAAGUGUUACUGAGUUUGACCAAAAGCCUCAUUUACUUGGAUUGUCAAGAGGGAUUGCGUUUUCAUCUUGGCUAUAGCCUUCUCUAUGCUAACAGUAUUUUCUCCAUCUUUUAUUACAGGAAAGAACUGGUACAUUAAACUUAGUCCUGGAGAGGAAAAGGGCUACCAGCGGUCCCAUUUCCACAGCUAUAGAAACGGUACUAUGAUACUAUGAUAUAGCACUUGAUGUGCACAGUGACCGACAAUUCAAACUAUUGACCCAUGUAUGCACAUGAUCACACAGCAGCCCUGCAAGGCCCAGACUGAAGAACAUUAUAGAGUGAACGUCUUGGCCAAAAUGAAUAUUUUUAUGUCAAUAAAUGAAUCAUUGAAUGUGUGAUAUUAUUGUCACAUAAAAUUUUGUAGAUCUGAUCUAUGUACAGUCUCAAAAAACAUAUAUGAAACCAAUGUUAACACAAUAUCAUGCGUGGACACGAAUAAUGUGAAAAUGAUGUUCCUGUUAGGUUCCUUCCUCAUACGUGGAUAAUUAUGUCCUAACAGUGCAAAUUGAAAAUACAAUUUUCAAAUGUAUUAAUUCAGUGUAUUCAUUGCAGUCAUUGUUAAUUAAACCUGCAGUAAUAAAAUUUUUUGGCCACUUGGGGGCAGCGCAACAA